GUUCUUGCUGGUCGUAUUCUGCGAGCAAUGGGGCAGGGAGUUCUGUACAGGCAAAAAUCUUCCGUCCUUUGGCGCAAGAUUUUUCCUGUUCAAGUUGUGUGCUUUUUUUCUUGAUCGGCGCCAAGCACGGCCAUGCCUGCCCAUGAUGCAAGCCGCGAUAGAUUUUGUUCGUCGGGAACGAACGUGUAAUAAGCCGACACCUUCAUCAUGGCUGUAUGAUGAUGAAGAUGAAUGUGCUUGGUCCAGGGAAGAACAUGUUCAUGAGCCUGAUCAUGAACAUGUUCUUGGC